GUGAAUACAGACAUAUUGCAUAUUGAAAAUAAACAUGUGGCUUAUAAUUGGGGUGUCUGGUGCUACGUGCAGUGGCAAAUCAAUAUUAGCAACGUCUCUGCAAAAAGAACUGCCUGGUUCAUCAUUAAUAUGUCAGGAUGACUUCUUUCUGCCUGUAGACAGUGAGCUGCAUACUACGAUUCCAGCCUUGAACCACAUUAAUUGGGAAAUUAUAAGUAGCCUGGAUAUGGAACGAAUGCAUGCCGUUACUGAAAAUCUCCUUGUCUCUGGCAGUACCAAAAAUGUUUUGCCAUUUAGCAGCCUAGUAGAGGUUGCUAGCAGAGUGACAGAAUCAUGCCUCUAUGCUGAAAGUGAAAUUGAUAAAAGUGUUACAGUUCUAAAUUUCAAUGAUGGAGGCUGCAGAGAAAUACUAGAAGAUAUGGACAAAUCUAAACCAAACCAGACUCAGUCAAUAGCAACAGAUGAAACUACCAUUGACAAUGCAUUAUCAAAAGUAAAAAUUACAAAUGGCUGUGAUGAUAAGCAAACAUCAGGAGUUUCUAUUCUCAUUAUUGAAGGGUUUCUUAUUUUUAAUGACAAAAAACUAGCUGACUUAUGUCAUCGAAAGUACUUCUUAACUCUUACUAAAGAGCAGUGCUGGGCAAGACGACAUAUAAGAACAUACGAUCCUCCAGAUGUACCUGGUUACUUUGAUCAAUGUGUAUGGCCUGAGUAUGAGAAACAUCGUGACCAAGUUUUCAAAGAAGUUCCAAAUGUUAUUCUCAUAGACGGAAAUCGGGAUAAAACCAGCAUCAUGAGACAGGUUCUGUUAGAAACUGUUCAAACAGCUCGUGAUUUGCUAGAAUUACAGAAGACUUAAUCACCCAAUGUGGCAAUGAAUCAACAGAUGACACUCAGCAGCACAUGAUAACAGUAUACAAGCACAGUUUGACAGGCCACACCACAGGGAGAAAAAAUGGGUAAUAUGUAAUAUUUUUAAAGUUCAAAUAGAUGUGUCAACCAGCUCUACAAGAAAAUAGAGCAGUAUUACUCCUAAACCAGGAGUAGUACAAUGCUUUUAUGACAAUGAAAAAUACCUCUGAAGAUGUCUAAGCUACAGUCAAAAUAUGCAGACACAAAGUGGGUUAUUUAUUGUUUGGCUCUUCCUCAUGUAAGGUUCCAUUUCGUUGACUUAAAAUAAAUAAUUUUAGUAUAAUUUCACCCAUUUAAGGUUAUCAUUUUAGUGCUUAAUUUACUGUUGCCCUAUGAAGUCUUAAGGAGGGAAAACACUGAAUAUAAACAACAUGCCUAUGUCUGAUAUAAACUUCCCAAUUUGCAAAGUUAAAUUUAUUUGUUAAUAGAAUCAUAAUAUGCAAAGAGCACCUGAUGACCAGAAGAAAUAAUACAGCAUGUAUCAUUAUAAAGAAAAAAUCCAAAGAUAAGACAUUCCAUGCACAAAUACUCAUUCUUCUCUGUCUACAAUGUAUAAAGAAAAAUACAAAAUAUGUGGCUACUGUCAUUAAGAGUAGAGUCCACUGAAGACCUUGCAAUAUGAAGGGGAGUUUGCUAUUCCACCACAAGUUUCUUCCUUCUCAGAUUACUUUUAUGAAUUUUUAUUAUAAAAAUUAGUAUGCCUACAUACACACUCAUAAAUCUGCCUAGAUUAUAUACUUAGAGGACUCUACUAUUGUUUCAAACAACAAGUAUCAAUUGCAGAAUUUCCAUUUUUUAAAACUGUGACAUUGUAAUUGUCUGCUUUGUAUAAGCAUAAUAUUAAUAAAGUUUCAGCCUAA